AUGGAUGAGGUUUUCUCACUGCACAUGGAAAAGCUCGACGUCUACGACGUGUUGCUCCUGGCUGGCAUUCUCUCGGUGAUAAUAUUAAUUUGUAUUUAGUUUUACUAGCUAAAAAUGUAGCCAGCAAACAAACGCAAGUCGUUGUGAAAUUACAACGCGAAUGAUGUACCAAAGCGUAAUUGUAAAACAUAUGUGCCCUAUUGGAGCAAGUGUUGGAAAGCGAGCUGCUGUCAUUGUCUAUCAAAUAAAAUAGAGAUGCGGUAUUCUACAAUUAAUUUAUCGACUUGAGUAAGCUAUAGAAAAAUUACUACCUUCAAGAGGACUUUCAACAAUAGAAAAUUAAAUUAAUAAUUACGUCCCCGAAACAUAUAUUGUUUUGCUCACAACAUGGUAUUAUUUUUGCCGAUAUGCGAAAACAACAGAACUAUAAUUAAUACAAUUUGUUUGUAAAGACUGAUUUCUUGUAUGUAGUUAAUUAAGAUAAAUAAUUGGAACGUAAUAAAUUUUAAUGUGAAAACAAAAAAGAUGUAAA